ACAAUUGAGACCAUUUAGAUCUAGAAUAAUUUAGGGACCACUUUACGCUUCUCCGAACUUGCAGAUAUCGGUCAGUUCCGGUGCUAACGGGCUAAAAAUGAAGAUAUGUGUGGUGACCCCUAGCUCAGCUUCAGGUGCUGGAGCAGCUGUCCAGCCAGAUCUCGCAAGCUACAUCAAUCAAGAAGUGCAUUCAGUGCAGACGAGGCAGAUUAGAAAAGAGCAUGCCAUCGAAGACAUAGACGAGCUUGAGAUCGGGAAUUUCGAUGUCUUCAUCAACUAUCUGUUCACGCAGCAGCCAAUCGAUCAGGAGUGGAUUGCGGCACUGAAGUAUCUGAAUUCAAAAUACCUGUUUGGCAUCGGUAGUCUGCCGGACUCUGCGUUGGAUCUCUGUGCAGCAAAUCUGAAGAGGACGGGAACCUCCAAUUGCCAGGGCGAUGAGCAAUUUUCGCCGACUGCAGCGUUACUACCAAAUCAGAGCCAAGAGUUCCAGGACGGCGAUUAUUCUAUUCUGGUCGUGCUGUUUGGGCGAACUGCCUCCGCGUUAACACCACUGAAAUACCAAGCGGCAGUCAACGAUGGCCAAAAAGCCGCGUGGGUCCUUGCACCCGAGUCAAGCUUGAGCCACCGACUGCAAGAAACCGCCGUGUCUGCAUUCGAGCAGAUUCGGGGUACCGACUACCUGGGAUACUUGACAGUGAAUAUCCGCGUGGCCGAGGCGUCAGAUACCCUCAUUGUCACCAACGUGGAUCCUGCAUCACGCAUCUUCUAUCCUCAGGAUGUGACUCCAUGGGACUCGUUGGCUAUUGCAAAGACCCUGCCAGGUGGGCAUGCAGCCCUUCUCGAAAUUCUUCUGUCUGCCAGACUUGCCAGGGUCCCACAUUAUGUCAUGCGAAAUGAGGGCUGUGCAAGGCAGCAUGAUCGGCUUGCUCGUCUCUACUACACCAUUCUCGACUCCACCAACGUCACAGAAAAUCGAUUGAGUCCAUUCGUUGGCAAGUACGACUACAACGGAACCGUUCUAGACUGCUGUUCGGGGAGCGGGGAGUUUGCCCGGUUUGCCAUCGAACAUGGGGUCAAAGCUAAAUACUCAGCGCUUGACUACUCUGUCGAAAUGACCAAGCUUCCUUUCUCCAAGAAGCUUUACGAACAGCCGUUUAUUCUUGGACCUGUUCAGGAAGUGCUCGCCAGUGCCCCUAUGCACGAUCAUGUAGUGUGCUUUGGCUCGAUGCAUCUGUUGCAACCUUUUGACUUCAUCUCGACAAUCAGUCAGAUGUUUUUGCGGGCCAGGAAAUCCGUCACCUUCGACGUUGACGAUUUGUCAGACACAUACAUCAACAAUUUCCCAGAUGCCAGUAGCGAGAAAUGCUGGGAGAAGCUCGAGUAUAACCACAACCACACAGCGCGAAUCUUUCGCUUUGGGACGCCAGUUGGCUGGAAGGCAGUCGUGUAUGGCGAAAAGCACUAUGCGUAUCGAUCGCUGGUGAUGAAGGAAGACGUUCACACUCAUUCGUUUCGGUUCGAGCGGCUAGAGUGAGCGAUUUGGCUCAUCUAGCCAUUGCG